AUGGCUCCGCCGAUGUGGCUGGAGCAGUCUAUGGGCAUCAUGCGUGCCUCCGUGACUUGGAUCGGCCAACGUCCAGGUGGCCAAUCAGCCCUUCGUGCGCUCUUCGAUCAUGCUCCAAGGAGAUCCGCAGGUCAGAUUCGCGCACAGCAGCCACUCGCCCAAUCUGGCAGUGCUUCACUAUCUUUGGAGGUGAGUAUUGCUCGGACAGCUCCAAAGUAUGUGGCCGCAGUGGGUGCUAAGGAUGCCAUGGAAGAGCUGCUGGCCCAAGAUGAUGACAUGACCAUGGCAAGUUCCGUGCUGAGGUCCAUCAAGAAGUCUGUGGCGGCUUCUAUCGCAGGAUCAAUCGUGACUAAUCCGCUCGAUGUGGCGCAGAACGAGAUGUACCAGACAGGGGACAGCUUCCUGGCUCUUCUGAGACACGCUUUCUGA